UUAACUCAUUAUAUGGUGUAACUUUUUGUGGGUUGGUGCUAAUUGUUGUUAUUCUUCUUUUACCAAUGUACUUUUCUUGAUUCUUGGAGAAAUAUUAAGUAACAUUUUAAGUCAGAAACUGAAUGCUCUUUAAGCACUGGUUUGGUAUCUUUUCUUUUACACCUGUUGGAGAAUAUAUGAAUAUGAAAUGUGCUUUCUUGGAUGAGACUUUGUGCUUAAGAGAGUACAUUACAAGAAAUGAUUGCUUCUGCUAGCAGUUUGUUGAGUUUUUCUUUUGCUUCACUUCUCUAACACCAAGUGGGGUAUGGUUGCAGAUCUACUGAUAUGACUAAAUAUGGAGUUGGAAUUCGACAAGUAUUGUGUUGUAGAUGGAAGUCCUACAACUGUGCUUCCAUCUCCGCGACACCGUCUAAAAGGUGAAAGGAGAAAAAGCAAAGGCGGCAGCAACAACAACAACAUACCCAGUCUAAUCCCAAAAGUGCGGUCUGCGAGGAGAAAAAGCAAAGGAAAUUCCAUAAAUUCCAAAUGCAGCAAAGAAGUAUUGUCUGUAGAUGAUGACUUCACUGAGAUAAGCUUUCAUCGGUAUCGUAGCGUGUCCUGUAAAGAUGCUCCAUCAAGGAAAUUGCAUUCGGAAGGAAAUGAUAUCCUAAAGAGGGGCUCUGUCUAUCAAAGUUCUAAAGAUGUUACGCGCGUCAAGAAAACUGAUGCUGUUGAGGAAAGAAGAAAAAUCGAGUUCUCUAGGGGCAAUGACACUGCAUUCUCAUUUGGCAUUGUUGAUGUUUUGUGUGGUCCGGAUGAGGAUAAUUCACGCAUAGAUAGCUCUAUAGGAAGUUCUUUAAAUUCUGAUGAUAGAGAAAACAAAAGGGCUCAAAUUCCACUAAGACAGUCAGCUCAGGAUUCAAACAUAAUGUCUCAAUCAGUUGUUGAUCGUCUACGUGAAGUUAACAGACUAACGGAGAGGGAUCCAUCUGCCUCAUUACCCAGAUCGUUGUCUGCAAAAUUAGCACUACCACAUUCGCCUGCUCGAUCAGAAAGUGAUAGCUCCCGUACCCCCAGCCAAAAAUCCCGUUUCAGCCCUAUCCGAAAGAUGUUUGAUCCAUUUGGUAAAUCUAAGUCUCUGAAAAGUCCAUUGAGUUAUACUUUCGAACCUCAGCUUGUUAAUGUCAGUAGAGGCAGAGCAGUUCAUAAAUCUCUAUUGCAUGAUUUCUCAACCAUAGCGGAGCCUUUGGAUUGUGAUCCUCAGUCUAUGAAGAAAGAGAUCCAUAACUCGAAUGUGCAGAGUUUACCAGCUCAUUUACAUGGCUUGCUCAGAUCGGAUAAGAAAAAUGGAUUGCCCUUUUUUGAUUUCUCAGUAAAGUCUCCUGAAGAUAGUUUUGUCGCAAAGUCGUGGAAAGUGGAGAAUACCUUGAAUUGGGUGUACACAUUUCAUUCUGUUCAUCACAAAAGGAAGAGCAAUGCUAGUGGAUGGGGAUCGAAAGAUAGCGUUAAAGAACCUUUGUUGGUUGGGCAGAUGCAAGUUUCCUGUUAUUUAUGUACAGACUUAAAAAAUGCUGGAAAUUGUGACAACUCAAUGGUGACUGAGUUUGUCUUGUAUGAUACAGCCCAUUCAAGAAAAAGAGUUUCUACGCAAGAUAGUUCUUGUUCUUCCCCUGAUGUCACUAAUGCACAUAAGGCCUCUGAUGAAAAAUCAUCUGGAGCUAAUUGUGAAACUGAAGAGGUACAAAUGCAAUCACAGGUUGAAAUUGCAGCCAUUGCUAUAGAGGUACCAUUUGAAAAGAGGGAGAGUUUAAAAUUCAGGAGUGGGGAUGCAAAGGCUGAUCAGCAACUUCCAAACUUACUGGAUCUCUCUGUGGUUGAGCGAAGAAUUGGACCUGAAGCUACUGUGGGACCUGCCAAGGUGAACGUUGUGAUCCCUUCGGGACACCAUGGUCUUCCAACUACUGAAAGUCCUGGUCCUUCUCCCUUGUUGGAUAGAUGGAGGAUAGGCGGAGGUUGCGACUGUGGCGGCUGGGACAUGGCAUGUCCGCUUUACAUAUUUGGUAAUCCAAAUAUUCACAUUGAUGAUAACCGUCCUCUGGUGGAGAGUCAGCAGCCAUUGGAACUUUUCAUUCAGGGAAGAAAGGAUAAAGCUCCAGCAUUGACGAUGACACUUAAGGAGGAUGGGCAAUAUUCAGUUGAUUUCCAUGCUCAGUUAUCAGCAUUACAAGCAUUCUCUAUUUGUGUCUCAAUUUUGCAUUCAAUGGAAACCUCGAUUUCCGUGGGACGAGAGAACAACAUAGAAUCUUUGCAAUCCAACACGUUGAGGGUGUUUGUUCAAGAUGACAUUAAAGGCUUGAUUAAUGCAGUCAGAGAGGAAAAGAAACAGAAAGUACACAAGAAAGUAGAGCAAGUUUUCCCGUCUUUUGUGCUCAAUCCACCAUUCUCUCCAAUUGGUCGAGUAUAGUCUUGAACGAGAACGACUCACUCAAUAUAUUGGAGUUCAAUACAAAAACUGGCUGCUUUGUGAACUUGAGAUCAUCCGGAUGCAACCCUUUUGUGCAUGAAAUUUCGAGAGGAACCAAGAUACGAAUGGUGUACACAAGGAGCAUGCUCGAGCUUGUCAAAAUCUGAUAUUCAGCCGGAUGAUCCAUGUAUUUUUUCUUUUGGAAUAGGGUCAAAAUCUUAGAGAUGCCACAACACCACACUGUUUAUAUUGUUAGUUGAUAGGGAGGGCAUAGGAAUCUCAUUCAAUAUUUUUCAACUAUACAAAAAUUUCUAAUAUAAACUUAGCCUACUUGUAAUUUUUUUUAUGAUGGCCACAAGAUGCUGAAGGAAAGAAAGUCAUAAGGGAAGUUUGAACACUUUGUUGUAUCAACUAAGUGGUACAUUUUUCUUUGAGAGCUUCAUGUAAAUAUUACCAUUUUGGAUAAUAAAUAGCCCUGGGGCCACCUAA